UUGCCCGUUUGCUGUUUACCGUUUGGUCGGCGCGUUCGUUUCUCGCGUCUUUUUUUUUCGCACUCGCGUUCGCGUUCUAGCGAUUCUAAUGUUUUCUUUGUUUUUUUUUUUUUUGUAUUUUACCUAUUUACCCAAAAUGUUUUUUAAUUGCACAAAAAUGCUGUUCAAUUUAUGAUAUAAUUGCGUGUGAUAAGCGCUGACCGAAACAAACAUAAAGAGAGACAAACAAAUAAAAGUUUUGUCAAACAACAACAAACACAACAAAAAAAAAACAACAACAACAGCAAGAAGAAUGAAAACAUUGCAAGUGCAAUACGAAAUGUGCUAAAAAUUGACGACGAAUGGAAACGAGUAGGAAAGGCAGAAAAAGAUGGAGGCGCGUUGCAUUCAUUUGAUAAGCUCAUAAAUUGCAGUUAAAGAUGUUGCGUGGGCAACGUCAAGCUAAAACCGCAAGCGCGAAAGAGACAAAGUUAUAAGUGAAAGAGAGAGGGAGAUAAAUAGUGAGGAGACAUGCACGGCGCCAAAAGAUGCAACGAGACGUUGCAAAGUGGACGCCAGCGACCGGAUACGUUGGAAUUGACAGUGAUGGGACAAAGGAAAACGGCAACCGGAAAGAUCAAGGCUAAAGAUAAAGACAAAGAAAUGGGAUCGGAAAUGGAAAUGGAGCAGCAGCAGCAGCAGCAGCGGCAGCAGCAGCAGCAACUGGAGGACAAUGUUAUCUUGCCACAAGUGGCAGCUGCAACGCGUCGCACGCGUUGGUUUCACUUUGCGCGCAAAUCGCGCAGCAGGCGACGAUUGUGCGGCGAGGAGGAGAAACUGCGCCUGGCUCGGAAACUGGAACUGGAGUUGAAGGAGCAACAGCAGGCGCGUCUCGCACAGCCGGAAACGAUGAACAUUGGCAACUCCAUGCUGACCAUAACAACGCCACAGACAACAACAACAUCGACGGCAAUGUCGAUUCACCAGAACGAUGAUAGCUUCUAUAGCUUGGUAAAUGCAACAUCAACAGCAACAGCAGCAGCAACAGCACAAAUAGCUGCCACAAAUGUAGCUGCCACAAAUGCGGCUGCCACAAUCGAUGUGGAGCAACAGUACAAGGAGCAACCACAGCAAUCGGGCAACAGCAACAAACCGCGUCUCUCCAUGUUGCAACGUUUCGCCAGCUGGCGACGCAGUGCACCCGACAGUCUGCCAAGCCGACGACGAACCGCAAGUCAAAUCGAUCAAAUGGAGCAACCACAAAUCUCGGCCUCGGCUUCUGCUCGCAACUUGCGACGUUUAUCGCAGCUGCGACGACGACGCAGCUCCUACUAUUUCUCGGAAAACGAACGAAGAAUCCGCGCCAAUGAUAAAGACUUCAAUUCUCAGUUCAAAUAUCAUAACAACUAUAUUAAGACAUCGAAAUAUUCGCUGCUAACAUUUCUGCCGUUCAAUUUGCUGGAACAGUUUCAGCGUUUGGCGAAUUUUUAUUUCCUGUGCCUGCUGGUUCUACAGUUGAUUCCGGCGAUAUCAUCACUGACUCCGGUGACAACGGCGAUACCCCUGAUUGGAGUAUUAACUCUGACCGCUGUUAAGGAUGCCUACGAUGAUAUUCAACGCCAUUUAUCGGACUCGCAGGUGAACAAUCGAAAAUCGAAGACUCUUCGAAAUGGGAAACUAAUUGAGGCCAAAUGGUCAGAUGUCCAGGUUGGAGAUGUUAUACGGUUGGAUAACAAUCAAUUUGUUGCGGCUGAUAUUUUAUUAUUGACCACAUCGGAACCCAAUGGUCUCUGCUUCAUUGAGACGGCCGAGUUGGAUGGCGAGACGAAUCUCAAGGCGAAACAAUGUCUGACAGAGACUACAGAACUGUCCGAUCAUCAUGAUCUCUUGUGGAAUUUCAAUGGCGAGAUUAUAUGCGAGCGACCCAAUAAUCUACUCAACAAAUUCGAGGGUACUCUCAUCUGGAAGAAUCAACGUUUCGCACUCGAUAACGAUAAGAUUCUUCUGCGUGGUUGUGUUCUUCGUAAUACACAAUGGUGUUAUGGCCUCGUUGUCUUCGCCGGCGUCGAUACGAAACUUAUGCAAAAUUCUGGAAAGACGCAAUUCAAGAGCACUGGGGUCGAUCGUUUGCUCAACUUUAUCAUCAUUGGGAUUGUGCUCUUUCUGAUCUCGAUUUGUGCAUUCUUCGCACUCGCCUGCGCUAUUUGGGAGGGUAUGAUUGGCCAGCAUUUUCAACUGUAUCUGCCCUGGGAGCAUAUCAUACCACAAGAGAUGGUCGCAUCGGGUGCUACGGUUAUCGGCCUGCUCGUAUUCUUCUCGUACGCCAUAGUCUUAAACACAGUUGUGCCAAUAUCCCUCUAUGUUUCAGUAGAGGUGAUACGAUUUGUUCAGUCGUUCCUCAUCAAUUGGGAUGAGGAAAUGUAUUAUGCACGCACCCAAACAUAUGCCAAAGCACGCACCACAACCCUCAACGAGGAACUGGGUCAGAUACAAUAUAUCUUCUCGGACAAAACGGGCACUCUGACCCAGAACAUCAUGACCUUCAACAAGUGCAGCAUUAAUGGACGCACCUAUGGUGAUGUCAUUGACUUGCGCACCGGCGAACUCAUCGAAAUAAGUGAUAUCGUCGAACCAAUUGACUUCUCGGCGAAUCCACAUCAUGAGAGCGACUUUCGUUGGUACGAUCGAACCUUGUUGGACGCGGUUCGAUCUGAUGAGGAGCAUUCCCAUAAUUUCUUUCGUCUGCUCGCUCUCUGUCAUACGGUAAUGGCGGAAACCGUUGACGGGAAAUUAGAGUAUCAGGCCCAAAGUCCCGACGAGUCAGCUCUUGUCUCGGCGGCACGAAACUUUGGCUUUGUUUUUCGCACACGCACACCAAACAGUAUUACCAUCGAAGUGAUGGGUCGUCUUGAGGAAUACGAGUUAUUGCACAUUCUCGACUUUAACAACGUGCGUAAACGCAUGUCUGUCAUUUUGAGACGUGGCAACUCUGUCGUGCUCUACUGCAAGGGGGCUGAUAAUGUGAUAUACGAUCGUUUACAUGGCGGACAGGAGGAUCUCAAGGCACGCACCCAGGAUCACUUGAACAAAUUCGCCGGUGAAGGCUUACGUACUUUGGUGCUAGCCGAGCGUCGACUCCCAGAAGAGUUCUACAAUGAGUGGCGAUUGCGACAACAGGAGGCAGCUCUAUCAAUGGAUGGGCGAGAGCAGAAACUGAAUAUGAUGUACGAGGAGAUCGAAAGCGAUAUGCAGUUGUUGGGCGUGACGGCCAUUGAGGAUAAGUUGCAAGAUGGUGUCCCCAAAUCGAUAGCGAAUCUACAAAAUGCAGGCAUUAAAAUCUGGGUACUGACUGGUGAUAAACAGGAAACGGCCAUCAACAUUGGCUAUUCCUGUCAGCUGUUAACGGAUGAGCUGGUGGACGUCUUCAUUGUGGAUGGCAGCUCUGUUGAGGAGGUGGAAAAGCAACUCCGUCAGUUCAAGGAAUCUAUCAAGAUAUUUGAUCGCUUUCGUCCAGGCGGUACUGAAUCGAUGAACCAACUGAACAGUGAGAGCAGUAUGGACCCCAUGAGCGUUACGAUGACACAGACAUCCGCUUUUAUGCAGGAUAUUAAUGGAUCUCCCAUGCCACAACCGCCGCCAGCAAUAUCGGUGGUUACCUUUAGGUGGGAUGCCAAAAUUAAGGAAAAUAAGGGCGGACCAGACAGCGCGGAGUGCAAUGAUCUCUUUGGGGACUCAGAGAAGAGCGAAGACGGCAGACGUAGCGCUCCCUCAAUUGUUGUCGAUGAGACAACGGGAUUCGCUCUCGUGGUCAAUGGACACUCUCUCGUCCACUGUCUCUCGCCAGAGCUGGAAAGCAAAUUUCUGGACAUUGCCUCGCAGUGCAAGGCGGUGAUCUGCUGUCGGGUUACUCCGCUGCAGAAGGCGCUGGUCGUCGAACUUAUUAAGCGUGCCAAAAAUGCCGUCACCUUGGCCAUUGGCGAUGGCGCCAACGAUGUCUCCAUGAUCAAGGCCGCUCACAUUGGUGUGGGCAUAUCGGGUCAGGAGGGUCUGCAGGCGGUGCUAUCGAGUGAUUAUGCGAUCGCACAGUUUUGUUAUCUGGAGCGUCUCUUGCUGGUACAUGGACGAUGGUCAUAUUAUCGGAUGUGCAAAUUUCUACGCUACUUUUUCUACAAGAACUUUGCAUUUACGCUGUGCCACUGCUGGUAUUCACUCUUCUGUGGUUUCAGUGCACAGACCGUUUUCGAUCCCAUGUUCAUAUCGGUGUACAAUCUGUUCUACACAUCGCUGCCGGUGCUGGCACUGGGGGUCUUUGAGCAGGAUGUUUCGGAUAAGAAUAGCGUUGAGUAUCCGCGUCUCUAUACGCCGGGUUUGAGGAGUGAGCUCUUCAACAUACGCGAGUUCAUCUAUAGCGUCCUCCAUGGCGCCUUCACCUCUCUCAUCUUGUUCCUAAUACCAUAUGGUGUUUAUAGGGAUGGCGUCUCCCACAAUGGUUACAUAUUGAGUGAUCACAUGACUCUCGGCGCUGUCGUUGCCACAAUUCUCAUUGUCGACAACACAGCUCAGAUUGCUUUGUACACCUCGUACUGGACGAUUGUCAAUCAUGUGACAAUCUGGGGUAGUCUCAUUUGGUAUUUUGUGCUCGACUAUUUCUACAAUUAUGUUAUCGGUGGUCCCUAUGUCGGCUCCCUCACGCAGGCCAUCAAGGAUCUCACCUUUUGGGUGACCAUGCUUAUCACGGUCGUCAUGCUAAUGGCACCUGUACUGGCCUACAAGUUCUAUCUGCUCGAUGUGCAUCCCAGUUUGUCCGAUAAGAUUCGCCAGAAAUCGCUGAAGAAAAUGCACUCCCGCAUCUCCAGCGAUGUCCGUCGUACUCCGUCCUCUCGCCGCGGACGUCGCUCGGUGCGCUCUGGUUACGCCUUUGCUCACCAGGAGGGCUUUGGUCGUCUGAUCACAUCGGGCAAAAUCAUGCACAAGUUGCCACAGGAUUUUGCCUUCCCCUUGGGAUUGGGCACAAAGAAGACGCAGGCGUUGCACAAUAAUGCUGGUUCAGCGGAUGCGAUUGUUGGCAAGCAAACGCAAACAGUUGGCCAAAAUCAUCAUCAUAAUCAUCAUCAGCAUAGUAACAAUAACAACAACAACAUCACGAAUCUGCGACACAAUCAAAACAAUCAAAUACACUCGUCCAUGGCGGACAUAAGGGGCGAUGGGCGUGGCAGCGGGGACACAAGGCGUGGCAGCGACACGGGAACCGAUGAGAUGAGUCCACGUGCACCUUGUCAGGAUCUGGACACGAUUAAUCUAUAAAUUUUAAGAACAACAGAAACAACAACACAAGAAGAAGAAACACCAAAAACUAGGCAGAGUUAUA